UUUUGCUAUGGACUAUUGGUAUUCUCUCAUUGCGAUAGCUUUGUUUUAUCGUGUAAAUGCAGAUGACAUUAACAACGAAGAAGUUUUGGCCACAAACGUAGAAAGUUCUACGGCUUCGAUGGGAAGAGACACUGAGACUGUCUCUACUCGGUUUCCCUAUAUAGUAUCGAUACAGGGGAACACCCAAGGAUACUACAAGCAUCUCUGCGGUGGUGCCAUCAUCGAUGUCCAGUUCGUGUUGACUGCUGCGCAUUGCGUGAUGACCCCAACGCCCCUCGAGUUGGCUCAAUUGUCUGUUGUGGGGGGCUCCAAUACAUUGAACAGCGACAAUGAGACACGCUUUGCAGUUAUCGGGAUGAAAAUACAUCCGGGAUUUAAGAUACUCCGCGGUCAUGACAUCGUCUUGCUGCGUGUAAAGACGAAAUUCCAGUUUGACAAUGUUCAAUUUGGCAAAAUUAAUUACAAAGUAGUUAUUCGUCGAGGUGGCGGCAUCAAUGCCACAUUUUUAGGCUGGGGACGAAUGAAACAGGGCCACAAAAAGGAUUUGGAUUUGGUGCCCUUCCAGACGAUCAAUGAUGAAGUUUGCCUGAAAAAUCACAAAUUCAUCUUUCUCACUAGCUCAGAGAUCUGUGCCAUUCACACAGGAACUACACGUGGCGCCUGUGAUGGCGAUUCUGGUGGACCCUUGGUAGAUGCUAACAAACAAUUUCUGUAUGGCUUGCUUUCCUAUGGCAGAAAGGCUUGUCAGAUGGGAAAACCAUAUGCAUUUACCCGCAUCAGCACGUAUGGGGAUUGGAUAAGAGAUGAAAUGAAUGAAAUGCUUUUGCAUUAGAAAAAAUUAAAUUUGAUUUUCCGCGCAAAUAAAAAACAGUGCUCUAAAAGCUUUAUAAGCACCACUAA